AUGGCGCGCACGUGGACCAGUGGGACGUUUGAAGUGUGUGCGCAUUUUAAUAACGGUGAACGGCGCCAUCCGUCUGCGAUGUGGCACGCGCAGUGGACACAUUUCAACCGUAGUGUUGCCGAGUCGCUAUCCGCGGGACUGAGCUGCGAGUCCGUCAACCACUGCUUUCAUCGAAUGGUGUUUUGAGUGCGCUGACCAUGGGCUGACGUGAGCGGCCCCUCAGCGGGAUGCAGCGACGGAGCGGGGCGCGGCCCCCGGCCCGGCCCGGGAGGCGGCCCGGGAGGCGGCCCGGGAGGCUCUUGGGGGCGGCCCUGCUGCUGCUUCUGGCGCUGCUGCCGUGCGCCGUCCUGGCCGCCGUCAGGGACGCCCCCAAGGAGCCCAAGGAGCACAAGGAGCCCAAGCAGAGCAAGCACGGCGGCGGAGGACAGCAGCAUCGCAUCCGGGCGCCCUCCAACGUCACCUGGACGCCCAUCACCCAGGGCGAGGGUGCGCGCGUGGACAUGUGGACCAUGUCGGCCUCGGGCUGCCCCUGCCCGUGGAACGCGUCGCAGGCCGACUGCGCCUGCUGCGUCAAAGAGGGUGGCUGCCACUGCGGGGAGGCAGCCCCCCAGCGUUGCGCGCAGUGCGGCCUGGAGAAGUACUGCGCCAACAUGUGUAACGCCACCAUCGACUCGGUGACGGUGCUGCAGCGGUCCGGCCGGUCCUACGGCAUGAUCAAGUCGUCCUCCAUGGACACUGCGGGCAUCUGCGCCUUCACGCUCCUCCCGGACGCGAAGCAGCGCGUCGAGCUGCAGCUGUACCGGCUCGUGGGCGUGGGCCGCUACCACAACAACAGCUGCCACGGCGGGUCGCUGCAGCUGACGGACGGAUCGCGGGAGCGUGCCGCGCGCGGGGUGUCGCUGUGCGGGGCCAACGAGCGCUUCACCACGCCCGUCGUCAUGUUCGCCGACAGGGGUCCGGCCACGCUCACCUUGAGCCAUGCUGAUCGUCACUGGGGCUGCUCUACCUCUGCAUAUUGUGCUUACAUUGUGCUUGCCGUGACCUUCUGUUUAUCCUCCGCAGAGUGCGACUGGCUGUACCAGGACUUCACGUGCACGGGCGGCUGCGUCCUGGCGAGCCCCGGCUACCCGGGACUGUACCCCGGCGGCCUGAGCUGCGGCUACCUCGUGACGGCGUCCUCGGUGCGCGCCAAGGUGACCCUGGAGCUGCUCGCCGUCAACCUGCCCCUCGCCCACUGCGCCACGGACAACAUUAUCAUUUACCACGGCUCAGGGCCCUCGGGGCUUCGAGUGCACACCAUCUGCGACAUGUCCAAGACAGUACUCGAGCUGCCCGGCCCCAACAUCUACAUUCAGUUCAACGCGGGGCCGUCCAAGCCGCCGUACAACUACAACGGCUUCCUGGCGCGCCUGGACUUCGGCAAGGAGGAGAACGUGCGUGGCGAGUGGCGGGAGAGCCGUCCGGACAAGAAGGAGCGCGACAAGGAGGCCAAGCAGGGCCGGGGAGAGUCGCGGGGCGAGUCGCGGGGGGAGACCAGGGCCGCCAAGACCAGCACGCCGGCCACGACCGCCACGCCCGCGCCCACCGCCCUCAUGGACGGCGCCUCCCGCGGCUGCGCCGUGUCCUUCCGGGGAUCGGACCUCCGCUCCGGCGUCCUGGACAGCCGCCACCACUCGGGCUGCUACAACCUGUCGGUGGAGUUCCACGGGCGGCCCUCGGACAUCGUCAAGCUCUCCAUCUUUAACUACAAACUCAAGGCUCCUUCGUGCGCUUCGCACUUCGACAUCUUCCUGGGGCCCGACCUGGCGACGCCCGACAAGCGACUCUGCAGUCCCAUGACGAAGCACGCUCACGACCCGUCGGGAAGGUUUCAGAGCCAGCAGACCAUGAUGUCGAGGGGCUCCCACAUGGCGCUGCACCUCGUCCGCACGGCCUCGCUGCGGGCGGACCAGGAGUUUGUCGACGGCGCCUUCCUCUUCCACGACAAGUCGACGCAGGGCCACCCGGAGCCGGACUCGCUGUGCAGCGCGCGCUUCUUGGGGCCCAACGUGACGGCGGCCGUGGCGGCGGCGGCCAAGGCCGCGGCCGAGGGCAAGGUCCCAGGCACCACGCCCGCCGCCGACCAGGCCGAGCCGUGGGGGGCCGGCGGCGACGCGGAUGCGGCGGGCGCGCUGCAGGCGCUGGCGCUGCCCGUGCCGGCCGCGGGCGGGCCCGGCUGGGCCGGCAGCAUCACCAGCCCCGGUAACCAGCACCUCUUCUGGAACGUCCAGGGCCAGCUCAAGUGCACGCAGACCUUCGAGCCGCAGCCCGGCCAGAGCGUCACCCUCAGCCUGGCCGCCCUGGGGCUUAAGACGGACCCUGGCUGCUGGACGUACUGCGACGGCCUCGGCUGCCGCUGCUUCUCUGACCCGACCCCGCUCUCCACCGUGGACCACGUGCGCAUCAUGGACCCUGCGGGGUACGACCUGUCGUGCCUGUGCGGGGACCCUCAGAAAAUCCCGAUGCCGCUGAGCAUCCGGUCGUGGGGCCCGCUGAGCCUCGAGUACAACGUGGCGCACUUCACGUGGGCCAUGAAGGGCUUCUCCAUGCAGGCGGACUACAGCUUCCAGCAGGACGGCGCCUGCGGCCGCCAGCAGAUCCUGCUCCACUCGGGCACCAUCGAGUCGUGGCGGGUGCGCUCCGACGAGCGGCGCAACCACUUCGUGCACAUGGACUGCAAGUGGGUGCUGCUGUCCAACAUCGAGCGCGAGCUGCGCAUCACCGUCACCACGCCGCAGAGCCAGCCGUGCGGCACGUGGAACAUCACCAUCCACCGCUACAACGAGGACGAGGACGUGUCCCGGCCGAUCUUCACGUUCUGCCCGCGCGACUCCAGGAAGACCUUCGACCUGCCCUGGAAGCUCAACUCGGUCAUCGUGAGGCUGUGGGCGCUGUCCCCCAACGUGCCCGAGUUCAGCGUGUCGUGGCACUCGCAGGUCGCGCAGGCCAUCAUGCACAAGGCGGUGGGCGUCACCUCCGUGGCCGCGGGGCCGGCGGGGGCGGCCGUCGGGGUGGCGGCGCGCCUCGUCCCGGCCGGCCCCUGGGCGCCGCUGUGCGCGCUGCUCGCCUGGGCCUGGGCCUCGGCCUGGGCCUCGAGAUGAGGAGCAGCAGCCUGUGGUGGUGGUGGUUGCUGAUGCUCUUUCUGGCCAAGCGGACAGAGACUCGUGUGUCGACGGCGCGCUGCCGCGUGGUCGUCCUCCUGGCGUGACGUGGUGCGGGGCGAGGGGAGGGGCGCGCGCCCGACGCCAGUUGAGCUGCCUAUCCACCGGGCGCCGUGUGCGUCGACGUCAGCCCGGCGAGGAGCCGGCACUCAUAGGAAAAAAGAAACUUUUAAUACGAAUUGAAAUGGACGGGUGCUUGUCUCGCUGUCGGCCUAACCGCGGGGCUCCGUCCGAGCCCUCGUCCGACGACAGCACGCGAAACACACUUGUUUCACCCUGGUGUCGUCGUACUUAUAUGGUGAACAUCUAUUUUUGACACUGUGUUGUGAUGAUUUUAAUCUGCAUGCCAGAUGCGCCGCUGGACGGUACGAACAAUCCAUGAACCUGAUCACUCUCGGUUGAAUCAAAGGCUUAGACUAUAUGAGGGUCUUUAACUUGGUGUAACGAUACCUGAUUGAAUCAUUUUUGGAAUGUGUAUACAAUCACUUUUCCAUUGUUUUGCCAUAAUACUUUUUAAUGUUUUCUUAUUUAUUCCCCCCGUUUUAUUUUUUUUUCUGUGGGAGAAAAGAGUGUUUUGUUUUCUUGUCAAUUUAAAUGUUUAAAAGAAACCUAUUUUCAAAGAAGAAAGAAAAUGAAGAUCAUGUCUUGUAAGUAUCUUUAUUUUGUUAUAAGUCUCCCACUUUCACGUAAGUCUGAAACUAGGUAUAUUUAUGUUCCAUUAAAGAAUAGGGCAUAACUAUGCAAUUUUAUUGUUGUUUUCAAAUUGAGGUGCCUUUUGUUAUUAAAUUAUGUCAUUACAUUUGGUAAGAACCCAUUCUAACAUGUAGAUCUAGAUCAAUUCAGUUCUUAUAAUGCUCAUUUUUUCUGAAAAUGAAAUUCUCUAUCUAAGACCAAUAUCUGUUUCAUUGUAGUGAUUAAUCAGAUUUUAAAUAUUGUGUUAUUAAAAUAUAAUGUGAAUAGUGAUGACUGUGUGAUGAGGGGUCUAAUUCGGAAAAAAAAGUAGAAAAUGGCAUAAUAUGACCAUAUGAGAAGAAAUGUGCUUUUUAUUUUGCUUGGACAAAAAUGUCAAACAUUCUUCAUGUUCAACUCAAUAGCGCUUGAUUAACCCAACACACUCUGUACUGGCACCACCAUAGCACGUAGAAAACACAUGUCAGUUUGGAAAACUUUUCUUUUGUUUUUGGUCAUCUCAACCUGUAUAACUAGACAAAGUUAAUUAAAAUGGUAUGCGCCUAUUUCCAAUGUCAACCGUAA